UAGAGCAAUCACCGUCCCGGAAAGGGAAAUGUCACCAAAAUGAGGUGGUGUUUUUGAACAUUUAGGAGAAAACAACACUCUUGCAUACGCGUCCUGCUUAGGAGGACUAUAAGAAGAGGUCCUUGUGUGAAGACGCAGGUUUUAAAAUCUUGAAACAGUGCUUCUGAGAGGCAUGAAUGACUUUGCAGUUCUCAACACAGGGCGGAAGAUGCCCCUCCUUGGACUGGGAACAUGGAAGAGUGAGCCAGGAAAGGUGAAACAAGCAGUUAUUUGGGCCUUGGAGGCUGGGUAUCGCCACAUUGACUGUGCAGCCAUCUAUGGCAAUGAGGUUGAGAUCGGAGAAGCCUUACAGGAGUCACUCGGCCCCGGCAAGGCCCUGAGACGAGAGGAUGUGUUCAUCACAUCCAAGCUGUGGAACACCCAACAUCACCCAGAGGACGUGAAGCCGGCCCUCCUGAAGACCCUGAAGGACCUGAAGCUGGAGUACCUGGACCUCUACCUCAUCCACUGGCCCUAUGCCUUCCAACAAGGAGACGUUCCUUUCCCCAAAAAGGAGGACGGCACCCUGCUGUAUGACGACAUAGACUACAAGCUGACCUGGGCUGCCAUGGAGAAGCUGGUGGGGGAGGGCCUCGUCAGAUCCAUUGGCCUGUCCAACUUCAACAGUCGGCAGAUUGAUGACAUCCUGUCUGUCGCCAGCAUCAAACCCACUGUCCUGCAGGUAGAGAGCCACCCCUACCUGGCCCAGGUAGAGCUGCUGGCCCACUGUCGGGACCGGGGCCUGGUGAUGACGGCCUACAGCCCUCUGGGCUCUUCUGACCGGGCCUGGAAGCAUCCAGAUGAACCUGUUCUGCUUCAGGAGCCUGUGAUCGCCACCCUCGCAGAGAAAUAUAAAAAGUCCUCUGCUCAGAUUAUCCUGAGGUGGCAGACACAACGAGGAGUGGUGACAAUCCCGAAGAGUGUCACAGAGUCCCGUAUCAAGGAGAACAUUCAGGUGUUUGACUUUACCCUUGAAGCAGAGGAAAUGAAAAGUAUUUCAGCACUGAACAAAGGCUGGCGCUACAUUGUACCAAUGAUCCAAGUGGAAGGAGAACGUGUUCCCAGGGAUGCAGGCCAUCCUCACUACCCUUUCAACGACCCCUACUGAUGACUCGCACUACAACCUGAAUUUGUGCCUUCAACAACCCACCAACAACACAUCACCCUCCCACAUCACUAAUAAAUGUUCCUGGAUCCUGACAUUGGAAUUUGUCUUUAGAUUAUGUCAAAUCCUGCACUUAUCAUUAGAACAUUUCAAGUUAUUGUUGGUGAUGAAGACUGGAAAAUCUGGCGUGACUGUAUACAUACUGUACGUGUUAUUUUUAAAUAAACAUUUUGUUACUUCA